UGGAAUGGAAAGAGUUGUAAUUUGAGGAAAAGUUUUCUGAUUUGAAGUUUGUCGACGUGAAGUUAUCAAUUAUCAUUAUUGAUUGAGUGAAAUUCAUUGAAAUAACUUAUAUUCUGUUUAUUUAAAGUCUAGAUGAUUUUGUGAAUUCAGAGAGAACGAAGAAAUGUGUUAAAAAUAAACAACACAAAAUGUUUCUCAAGAGCUUUCGAAUUAAAUCCAAUACUGCAAUUCGAGGUUCUGAUAGACGAAAAUUAAGAAAUGAUGUUUUGUUGGAAUUUUCAAAUGUGACAACUGAGCUUGCAUCCGAGAUUAUACCAAACAAGGAUGACAUAUCUGUAAUGAAAUUAAUCACAAAUUGUGGGAAAAGUGUCACAGCAUUUCUUCAUUGUGGAACUCCGAUACUCUUUCAAGUUGAGAAAAAAUACUACCCCACAGUUUAUCUUUUGUGGCAGUACCCAAAUAUUUUACCGGUAUUUACAACAUGGCCAAAUGUUUUUAAAAACUUACGUGGUGGAGCAGAUCUGAUGUUGCCAGGUAUAGUAGAGUCCGGAGAAAAUACAGAAUAUUUGAAAGGGCAAAUUUGUUCUGUCGUAUUACUUGGAAACAGGGCGCCAGUUGCUGUUGGUUAUACAGCUGUAUCGUCAGAUCAAGCACGUGAACAAGGUAUGCGAGGCAAGGGUGUGAUAAUACUUCAUUCUUAUCAGGAUCAACUGUGGAUGCAUGGUACCCAAAAUGCUCUUCCGUACAUCCCAUCUGACAAAUUGCAACAUUCGUCGUCUCCAUUAAAUGACGAUUUUACCAAUGAUGAAGGUGGAACAGAAAUAUCGCGGAUUGAGGAAAAUUUUACCACGGAUGAAGGUGGAAAAGAAACAUCGCGGAUUGAGGAAGAUUUUACCACGGAUGAAGGUGGAACAGAAACAUCGCGGAUUGAGGAAAAUUUUACCACGGAUGAAGGUGGAACAGAAACAUCGUGGAAUGAGGAAGAUUCUUUAGCUUGUGGUGUUGAAUCGUCGUUGACUUUGAAUCGAGAUGAACUUAUUUUGGUUGAAGAUGAUAUAAGUGAUGUCAGAAUAGACAACAAUUCUUCUCAAGUAACUAAUACGAUCUUCAAUAAACAUGAAGAUCAAUACUCUUCCACUGAUACUAUGGACAUUUUGUUGGAAAACUGUUUCAUGUUCUCUUUGAUUCGCAUUAAGAAUAUUGAAUUACCUAUUUUGACGAGCUCAUUUUACAAAAAUCAUCUUCUACUUUCCUGCCCACGGAAUCAAUCUUUGGAUAUUAAGAAAUCCAGUUACAAGAAGUUGACAAAGUUUCUUCAAGUAAUGGAAAAGAAAGGUUUAAUUACAACAAAAGAACAAUCAAAAGGCGUACAUUGUAUUGACUCGGUUCAUUGGGAAAAUGAAGAACUUAAAGCCUUUAAAAAAAAGAAUUCCAAAAGCAUUGAGGAAAUUAGUCAAAUUGCAAAUGAACGAACCUCAAAUGAAAAAUUUCAGCCACCAGAAAUCGAAGAGGCGUUCUCAGUUUCAGGAUGUACAAGAACUCUAUUUCAAAGCUUAGGAUAUAGUAAAGGUAGUAUACUAUCGGCGAAUGAAGUUCGAAAAGUUGUGACAAAAUAUAUCAAAGAUCGGGACCUCAUAUCUUCUCAAAAUAACAGAAUGGUUAAACUUGAUCCUGUAUUAUUUAAUAUCGUACACAAGAAAGGGGAAAAUAAUUACGAUUCUCUUUCAUGGGAAGAAAUUUUUAAGAGGACAUUUGAUCGUAUGAAUCCUUGUCAUAUCGUGAAAUUCAACGGACAAUCUCCAAUAAUCAGGAAAGGUAAACUACAAGUUAUUGAAAUAAAACUGGAGCAACGUAUGGGAAACAAGAAGGUUACUCUCGUACAAAAUUUGGAGUACUUUGGUAUCGAUCCCAUCAAAUUUUCUCAUAAAUUGCAACUCAAAGCUGCUUCUAGUACUUCAGUUACACAAUUGCCUGGGAAAUUAAAUCAUGGUACUCAAGUCCUAAUUCAGGGAAAUCAAACUGGGCACGUCACUAAGACAUUACAAGAUGAUUAUCAGAUAGCGUCAAAGUAUAUAAACGUCUUUGAUAAACAAUCUAAAAAUAAACGUAAAUGAUGUAAUUUAUUCAUCGUUAAUUUUAUCAAAAUGAGCUUGUAAAUCUGUAUUGGAUUUAAAUUACGUCGUGUAGCGUUUGUAGUAUCGCAACAAUACAACAACGAGGAUGUGACAUUAAAAGUUGUAGAAUUGUUC